UUGUAGGCGGAAGUAGAGAGUUAGCGUUUCGGAAUGGAUAUGGAUUAAAACCAGCGUUAAUAAUGUUUCUUUUACCGAUUAAUGUUCUGUAUCCGUCGUUCUCAUUGGGUGACAGCGCGGAGGGUCUGACAGCUGAGCAGCUGUUCUAGUUCCGACGAAAAAGUGAGCAUUCUAGGGCCAACCAGGGGCCACACAACCUCCAGCUUGGACCUCCUGUAGCCUGAGCUCCCAACCUGCAAGAUGCCUUUAGCUCGCAGCCUGUCCGUCACCUCCCUCACCGGCCUGGAGGACUGGGACGAUGACCUGGAUCUGGAAAACUCCAUCCUGUUUGAGGUGGCCUGGGAAGUGGCCAAUAAAGUGGGGGGCAUUUAUACAGUUAUCCAAACAAAGGCAAAGAUCACCACGGACGAAUGGGGAGAAAACUACUUUCUGAUCGGUCCCUACUUUGAAAAUAACGUGCGCACACAAGUGGAGCUGAUUGAGCCACCUAAUCCUGCCAUGAAACGUGCCCUGGACUCCAUGAAUUCAAAGGGAUGCAAGGUCUACUUUGGGCGCUGGCUGAUAGAAGGAAGCCCGUAUGUUAUCUUGAUUGAUAUUGCAGCCACAGCUUGGAACCUUGACCGAUGGAAGACAGAACUCUGGGACAGUUGCGCCAUUGGAAUUCCAUGGUACGACAGGGAAGCCAACGAUGCCGUCCUGUUUGGGUUUCUCACAGCCUGGUUCCUUGGAGAGUUCUCAGCCCAGUGUGAGGAGAAGCCCUUUAUCAUUGCCCAGUUCCAUGAGUGGCUUGCUGGCAUAGGCCUGUGUUUAUGCCGGACACGGAAGCUCCCUGUGGCUACCAUAUUCACUACACACGCCACCCUCUUGGGGAGAUAUCUGUGCGCUGGAAGUGUUGACUUUUACAACAACCUGCAGUCGUUCAAUGUAGAUAAAGAAGCUGGAGACCGGCAGAUCUAUCACCGAUACUGUAUGGAGCGAGCUGCUGUACAAUGCAGUCAUGUCUUUACCACUGUGUCUCAGAUCACCGCCAUAGAAGCUGAACAUCUGUUGAAGCGGAAGCCUGAUAUUGUGACACCAAACGGUUUGAAUGUAAAGAAGUUUUCCGCCAUGCACGAAUUUCAGAACCUGCAUGCGCAGAGCAAGGGCCGCAUCCAGGAGUUUAUUAGGGGACAUUUUUACGGACAUCUGGAUUUCAAUUUGGACAAGACUCUGUUUUUCUUCAUUGCUGGCCGCUACGAGUUCUCGAACAAGGGAGCGGACGUAUUUUUGGAGGCUUUGGCCAGGCUCAAUUACCUUCUGAGGGUUAAUCACAGUGAUAUAACCAUAGUUGCCUUUUUCAUCAUGCCGGCUCGAACCAACAACUUCAAUGUGGAAACGCUGAAGGGUCAAGCAGUACGAAAACAGUUGUGUGAUACAGCCAACACGAUUAAGGAAAAGUUUGGAAAGAAACUGUACGAGUCAUUACUAGUAGGGAAUUUGCCAGAUAUGAAUAAGAUGUUGGAUAAGGAGGACUUCACAAUGCUGAAGAGAGCCAUAUUUGCCACACAGAGACACUCCUUCCCUCCUAUAUGCACCCAUAACAUGCUUGAGGACUCUACAGACGCCAUACUGAACACUAUCCGGAGGAUCGGCAUGUUUAACAGCAGCUCUGAUCGUGUGAAGGUUAUUUUCCAUCCAGAGUUCCUUUCCUCAACUAGCCCACUUUUACCCAUGGAUUAUGAGGAAUUUGUACGUGGUUGUCACUUGGGAGUCUUCCCCUCUUACUAUGAACCUUGGGGGUACACGCCAGCUGAAUGUACUGUCAUGGGAAUUCCCAGUGUUUCCACCAACCUCUCUGGAUUUGGAUGUUUUAUGGAGGAGCACAUUGCAGACCCCACUGCUUAUGGUAUUUAUAUCUUAGACAGACGAUUCCGCUCAGUGGACGAAUCCUGCACCCAACUCACAUCCUUCCUCUACAGCUUCUCGCAGCAAACCCGGCGGCAGCGCAUCAUCCAGAGGAACCGCACGGAACGUCUAUCUGACUUGUUAGAUUGGAAGUAUCUGGGAAGGUAUUAUAUGUAUGCUCGACACAUGGCUCUCGCAAAGGCCUUCCCUGACAACUUCACAUAUGAGCCUCACGAACCGACAGCUGCUCAGGGAUUCCGCUACCCACGGCCAGCAUCUGUACCUCCAUCUCCUUCCCUAUCCCGACACUCCAGCCCACACCACAGUGAAACAGAAGACGACGAACGAUACGACGAGGAGGAAGAAGCUGAGAAAGAUCGUCAGAACAUCAAGCAGCCGUCCGUGACCUCCAUGGGCUCCAUCCCUGAGUGGCGAAGACGCUCCAAGAAAGGUUCCAUUGAUGUCACCAACUCCAAUAAUAUCAGCAACGCCAGCACACCCACAUACCCUAGCAGCCCGAGUGACCCCAGCAGCCCCACCAGCUCACUCAUUGAUGAGCGAAAUUAAAUGCAUUUUUUUCAGCGUUUCUUACACAUCAUGCCAUAGCUCGUUGGUCAUCACCAAUGACAAAUCAUGAACAAUAGCAAUGCAAGAGGAACGUUGUCCUUUGACUUGCUCCAAAUAUCACCAUUUAGACCUGCAUUAUACUCCAGCUGCUUGUCACCUCCAGGUAGAAAACACUUAGGUGGCGAUGCCAUUGAUUAUGUUUUUCUCAGCUAUCUAUGACCUCAAUUGAUGCAUAAACGAAUGCACUGACUCCAUAGUUUUCCUAUAGGAACCCUCCCACCUCACAGUCCCCAGUGAUUUUUCAUCAUUUCAGUGCGAUACCCCUGGGGUGACACUUUGUUGUCAAACUGAUAGGAUGGUGUAGGAUAGGUUUGCCAGUUUUGCUCUCUCUUCUGUAUCUCCUUCACCUGUUCCUACAAAAAAGGUCUUCCACCAAGCUCAAGCAUUUCAAUUUAGCUGCUACUGAUAACUGUUUCUGUCUGGCUGUUUGUCUCAGGGUAAUGUCUGGCUCUUUAUUUGAGGAUGAUCGUUGGAAGGGUCAGGGCACACCGGCAGAUUCACGGAGAUUAGUCGCCUGGCGACAAAUCUCCUCUUCUUCGUGGCGACUAAUCUCCCCAAACUGCCUCCCGCCGGCUAGAAUGUAAAUUGCCGGCGGAAUGGCACUCGGAGUGCUUCAUUUUCUGAAGUUGCCUGACAAGGAAACUGCGGGUGACUUCGGAAAACGAAUCGCUCCAAGUGCCAUCCCGCCGGCAAUUUACAUUUUGGAAGGCAGGGGGAUAUAAAUCGCUGGGGGACUAAUCUCCCCAAAUCUGCCUGUGUGCCCUGACCCUAAAACUGCAAAACUCAAUAUACUGUGGCUUUACCCGUCAAUCAGUAAAAGAAGGGUAUAAGAUCUACGUUCGUCACACUCCCUUUGAAGUGUCAAUCAUUAGCUGUUUGCCAUCCUCUUUGUGUUCUGUUUGUCCCAUGUUAACAGCCAUUUAGUUAUCCCUUGGGUGAGCUGAUCCUGUGACUGUACCAAACAUUGCAAGGGCUGUACGAAUGAGAUGUUUAAUAAGGAUUGUGUUGUGUCCAGAAAAAAUAGUAUUUAAAAAAUAAAA